UAAUGGACAUUUUUCCAUGAAUGGUGGCAAUGGACCUCUCAGCUAUGUCAAAAACUCAUCCUACCAGAGAGGAGUACUGGAGGCUGCAAAGGCAAUCAUCGAAGACGAAAUCGCCACGAAAUUAGAGAUUUCAACUAAUAGUUUAUGCGUUGUCGAUUUCGGGUGCUCAACCGGAAGCAACUCUUUUCCGGCCAUGCACACGAUCACCGAAGCCAUCAAACGGAAAUACGAAUCCCCAUACCUCAAACCCCCAGAAUUCUCCGUGUGCUUCAACGACUUAGUCUCCAACGAUUUCAACACCCUCUUCAGUUCCCUCCCACCAGACAGGAGCUACAAGGCAGCUGCAGUAGCCGGAGACUUCCACGGCCGCCUUCUCCCGCCUUCGUCUGUCCACUUUGCGUACUCUUCUUGGGCGCUCCAGUGGCUGACGGAGGUGCCCAAGGCGGCCAAUGGCCUCAGGCCUGUUUGGCAUGGUGGAGAGGAGAGAGAGGAGGUUUAUGAUGCUUAUCUGAGUCAGCUUGAGAGGGAUUUGGAAUCAUUCUUGAAGUGUAGGGCUGUGGAAAUGGUGGAAGGUGGGAUUAUGGCUCUUUUAAUUCCUUCAGUGCCUGCUUAUUUGGACACACAAAAAGAGUAUACCGUGGGCUCGGUGACCGACCUACUCAGGUCUUCCCUCCUCGACAUGGCCAAAAAGGGGAAAUUGAGUAAGGCAAAGGCAGAGACAUUUAACUUUCCAUACCAUUGUCCCACCCCUGAGGAACUGAGGGGCAUAUUACAAAAGAGCAAUUGUUUUAGCAUAGAAAGAAUGGAGAUUUUGAAGAGUGGGACGUUGCUCAAUGCUGAUGGCCUCGUGGCAAUUUUUAGGGCAGGUUUACAUAAUUUGCUUACGUAUGAAUUUGGAGCUGAAACCAUCGAUGAAACAUUCGACCUUUACAAGAAGAAACUCCAAGCUUCACCAGUUUCUGCAUAUCCUUCUAAUGAUAGAACUCUUGUGGUUGUUGCUAUCCUCAAGCGCAACAAUAUUUAGUACUUUGGUCACGUCUUUGUUGGUCGGACACUCCCGGGGCAUCAAUAAUUCUACUAUAUCACAAUAAAAUAAGGUGGGGCUUUGGGGUUUAGGCUAUCUAUAUGGUGUAAUAU